GACGGCGGACGUUAUGACAUUUUACUUUGACUGUUGUCUCUGUUCUGUGCUUUCUUUCUCUCCUAACCUUGUUUGCAGUUGACGUUAGUUAGCAUCAAUAAUCUACACAAAAUGGCCAAACGUACCAAGAAGGUCGGAAUUGUAGGAAAGUAUGGAACCCGUUAUGGUGCUUCCUUACGUAAAAUGGUAAAAAAGAUGGAAAUUACCCAACACAGUAAAUACUCCUGCAGUUUCUGUGGCAAGGAUGCUAUGAAAAGGUCAGUAGUAGGAAUUUGGUCUUGCAAAAGGUGCAAGAGGGUAGUUGCUGGUGGCGCAUGGGUAUACUCUACAACAGCAGCAGCCACAGUUAGAUCAGCUGUGAGACGUCUUAAAGAUGUCAAGGAACAAUAAUUUUAUAUAGUUGAUAAAUAAAUAUUAAAAUCCA